CCCGCGCUGAUUACAAUUUUCUUUCAUCCUGGACCAUAGAAAAAUUCACGUGAGACCCACAUGUGCCUGCCGGAGCAUCGCCCGAGUUGCCCACCGAGUCUCUCUCUUCAAACGAUUCCCUGUUAGUAUAAUAACAACAACCGUUCAAGUUGAAAACUAGUACCAACUACGGAAUAUUUUGGACCAAAUCUCUCACUCACACACUCUCUCUCUCUCUAAAGUUGCUUUCAUCUCUCUCACUACAUAUAUAUAAAUAGAGAUUGCGUGUAUAAUCAUCGCAACAGGUUGCCAUUGAGUUCAGUUACUGCUGGACUGACUUGGGGUUUGGCCGGAAAAAAUGGCGUCGGUAGUGGAGGGACCGUUGCCGUACAGAGUUUCGGGACGGGAGAGUUCAUCUUCGAAUCCAACGGACGCUGUGAUCUUCUUCGGCAUUAGUUUGGUAUUGGGAAUUGCGUGUAGGCAUGUGCUAAGGGGCACUAGAGUUCCUUACACUGUUGCUCUGCUCAUCCUCGGCAUUGGCCUUGGAUCAUUAGAAUAUGGUACAAGUCAUCGAUUGGGAAAGAUUGGGGACGGUAUUCGUCUUUGGGCAAAUAUUGAUCCUAACCUUUUGUUGGCUGUAUUUCUCCCUGCUCUUCUUUUUGAGAGUUCGUUUUCAAUGGAAGUGCACCAAAUAAAGAGGUGUAUGGUACAAAUGCUUCUCCUUGCUGGACCCGGUGUUCUUAUUUCAACCUUUUGUCUUGGAUCUGCUCUAAAGCUCAUUUUUCCAUAUGACUGGAGCUGGAAAACAUCGCUGUUGCUUGGGGGACUUCUUAGUGCUACUGACCCUGUGGCUGUUGUGGCUCUGUUGAAAGAGCUUGGUGCAAGCAAAAAGCUGAAUACGAUAAUCGAAGGAGAAUCCUUGAUGAAUGAUGGGACAGCAAUUGUGGUCUAUCAGCUAUUUUAUCAAAUGGUCAUUGGCUGGAGCUUUAACUGGGGCGCUGUAGUCAAAUUUCUGACACAAGUUUCUCUUGGAGCUGUAGGCAUCGGUCUGGCUUUUGGAAUAGCAUCUGUCUUGUGGCUUGGAUUUAUUUUCAAUGACACAGUGAUAGAGAUCACAUUGACCUUUGCAGUCAGCUACAUAGCUUACUUCACUGCUCAAGAAGGGGCCGAUGUUUCUGGCGUUUUGACGGUGAUGACUCUGGGGAUGUUCUAUGCUACAUUUGCUAGGACUGCUUUUAAGGGUGAUGGUCAACAAAGCUUGCAUCAUUUCUGGGAAAUGGUUGCCUAUAUUGCUAAUACAUUAAUUUUUAUUUUAAGUGGCGUUGUUAUAGCUGAAGGUAUUCUCAGCAGUGACAGCGUUUUUAAAAGCCACGGAAAUUCAUGGGGCUACCUCAUUCUCCUCUAUGUUUUUGUCCAAGUCUCUCGUAUCGUUGUUGUUGGAGUAUUAUAUCCAUUUCUGCGGUAUUUUGGCUACGGUUUGGAUUGGAAAGAAGCUACAAUUCUUGUAUGGUCUGGUUUGCGAGGGGCUGUGGCAUUGUCCCUUUCAUUGUCAGUGAAGCGUUCUAGCGAUGACUCAUCCUAUAUCAGUUCUGAAACGGGGAUUCUGUUUGUUUUCUUCACUGGUGGAAUUGUAUUCCUGACGCUUAUUGUGAACGGAUCAACUACCCAGUUUAUUUUACAUCUUCUACGUAUGGAUAAGCUAUCAGAACCAAAGAAACGCAUAUUGGACUACACAAAGUAUGAAAUGUUAAACAAAGCACUAGAGGCAUUUGGUGAUCUUGGAGAUGAUGAGGAACUAGGACCUGUUGACUGGCCUACAGUUAAAAGAUAUAUCACGUGCUUAAGUGAUGUUGAAGGGGAAUGUGUGCACCCACACAGUGCUGCUGAAAGUGACAGUAAUUUAGUUCCAAUGAAUUUAAAGGAUUUACGGAUACGUUUUCUGAGUGGUGUUCAAGCUGCUUACUGGGGAAUGCUUGAUGAGGGAAGGAUUACACAAACUACCGCAAAUAUUUUAAUGCGAUCUGUGGAUGAAGCAAUUGACUUGGUAUCUCAUGAGCCUUUAUGUGAUUGGAAAGGUUUAAAAGCUAAUGUUCAUUUCCCGAAUUAUUAUAAGUUUCUACAAACAAGCAUUUGUCCACAAAAGCUGGUUACAUAUUUCACUGUGGAAAGGUUGGAGUCUGCAUGUUAUAUUUGUGCGGCAUUCCUUCGUGCCCAUAGAAUUGCACGGCAGCAAUUACACGACUUUAUUGGCAACAGUGAAGUUGCAUCUAUUGUCAUAACCGAAAGUGAGGCAGAAGGAGAGGAAGCACGAAAGUUCUUGGAAGAUGUUCGCGUUACAUUUCCUCAGGUUUUACGUGUUGUGAAGACAAGGCAAGUAACAUAUUCUGUGCUGAGUCAUUUAAUUGAUUAUGUUCAAAAUCUUGAAAAGGUUGGGUUGUUGGAAGAGAAAGAGAUGAUUCAUCUGCACAAUGUUGUCCAGACUGACUUGAAGAAGCUGCUACGGAAUCCUCCGUUAGUGAAGAUUCCAAAGAUACGUGAUUUGGUUAGUGUCCAUCCUUUGUUGGGAGCACUUCCUUCCACAGUUCGUGAGCCAUUGGUAGAUUCUACUAAAGAGAUAAUGAAACUACGUGGUGUGACUCUUUAUAGGGAGGCUUCUAAGCCAAAUGGUAUUUGGCUCAUUUCAAAUGGAGUCGUGAAGUGGGCAAGUAAGACUACAAGGAAUAAGCUUUUACUGCAUCCGACAUUUACACAUGGCAGUACUUUGGGCCUAUAUGAGGUGCUGAUUGGAAAGCCGCACAUCUGUGAUAUGGUAACAGAUUCUGUUGUACUCUGUUUCUUUUUUGGAGCUGAAAAGAUACUCGAAGUGGUCAGAUCUGAUCCUGUGGUAGAAAAUUUCUUGUGGCAGGAAAGCGUUAUUGUUCUUGCUAAAAUCUUGCUUCCUCAAAUAUUUGAGAAAAUGGCAAUGCAAGACUUGAGAUCACUUGUUGCAGAUAAGUCAAGAAUGACAAUAUACCUAAGAGGAGAAACUAUAGAAAUACCCCACCUUUCAAUUGGUUUUCUGUUAGAAGGAUUCAUAAAAAGGCAAGGUAUCCAAGAAGAACUGAUUACAUCUCCAGCAGCAUUAUUGCCUUCAAAUGGCUAUCUAAGCUUCCUAGGAUCAGAAAUAUCAGGUACCAAGCCAGGGAGUUUUUCUCAUCAAGGAUCCUGCUAUCAAGUUGAGACGAGGGCGAGAGUUAUCAUAUUUGACAUUGCUGCAUUUGAAGCCAAUAGACCUCUCUCGAGAAGGCCGUCUUCAUUAAUUUCACAUGAUCAUCCCUCCCGUACCCUAAGUAGGGAACAUGGCGGUCUUAUGAGUUGGCCUGAACAUUUCUACAGGCCAAGGCAAAAUCAUCAGAGUCCCCAAGAGACUGAUCGAAGAACAAACAACUUGUCUACUCGGGCAAUGCAGCUAAGCAUCUUUGGCAGCAUGGUAAAUAACACCCGAUGGAGUGGCCGAAAUUCUCUAAGCAGAAAAGUGAAUCCAUCUCAUAGCUUGUCAUAUCCAGAAGUUCCAUCAAAUCAUGUGCGACCACUUGUUUCUGUCAGAUCAGAAGGGCCUACCAUGACAAGAAAGAAUCUUGAAGUGAAAGAACUUGCAGGACAAAAUUUAAUGCACCAAACUCAAAGUUCAAGGACGAAAGAGAGUCAUGUAAUGGAUGACUCAAGUGACGAAUCUGGUGUGGAGGAUGAACUUGUUGUGAGAAUCGAUUCACUGAGUAGGCUCUCUUUUCGCCAGGCCUCUUAAGGUUUUACAUCUGACUUUAUCAUGAUUAUAUUUCAUCAAAAAAAAAAAUUUCUUUUUCUUUUUCUUUCCUCCGAAAGUAUUUAUGUUGUUUGCAUGCGUAAAUGCUCUAUGCUAUGCAUAAAAGAGAAAUCAUGUCUAAAUUGUCUAUGUAUAAAAGAGAAAUUUGUAUGUCUAAAUGCUCUAUGUAUAAAAGAGAAAUCAAUAAGAGAAUCCCUGAAACCUUCUGCUUGAAGAAACUACUGGUGAACUACAUGUAUCCGAUUCAAUUUUCUGUAAUAUUGUUUCUACUGCCCAUACCCAUACGAUUCCCGAGUGUGUUGAAUGUUUGAUGCAUUGUAUAUGUUAUAUGGUUAAUUAUCACUUCUAGUUUGUAUAUACAUAAUUAGGAUUUUGUGGAAUCGCGUUAAAUUAUAUAGUUUUAUAUGUGCAUUUAUUUUUGUUAAUUUUUAUUGUAUGAUCUUGGUGUCUACAUAACAAAUAAGAGGGCUAUUUUGAAUAGCCAAACUCUGGCAAUUGUCUAACGUUCAUGAUGGGAUUAGAGCUUUGGUACUCGACCUUUGUUCACUUUUUCAAAUAGCAAGGAGUGAAUAUUAAUGCAUCCUCCAUAAAAUGUAAUGGAAAAGUGAUUUUGCGAGAGAAGCUGCGUUUAUAGUCCAUGCAUGUAAAAAAAAUUUCGCAGUUGAGACUAUCUUGUCUCGAAUCAAAAGGGUAAAGUUGUGAUUCCUCUCCUGCGUUUGGAUUAAUCUGUUGCAUGGGUGUCGCAUUUUGCAUACCAUUAAUACGAGACUCGAACUCCCUACCUGCCCUUUAAAGUUGGAGAGAUCAUACUAUUGAAUUAACGUCCAUUUAAGUGUUACGAAAGUGAUACAUUUCAUAAUGUAGCGCGUUACAUUACGAAGUAAUAUGUUGCAUUGCUGAUUUUACGUAUGCAUAGGGAUGACAAUGACACCAUAUGGGGGACCAGGCAGAGGAGAAGAUCAGGUCCGAAGGUAAAAGUGUUGAUUCAGUCCAUUUUCUCCUUUUUUGCCUAUUAUAAACUUUAGGCAUGUACCAUGUCACUAGUGGUCGACCCUACACGGUGGGUGAUUCACAGUCUAGCACACGGUUGCGUGCACUUUCCGCUGGUCAUUUAGCCUCUAUAUAAAGCAUUCCGUUGGGACACUCUCCCACUUAACUCUCUCUCUCUCUCUCUCUCUCUCUAUGGAUGCUCCUGGUGAAGCCACCACCGCACCCAGCCCGCCGCCGCCUUUCCAGAGGGGCCUUGCAACUACUACAAGAGGCAGCGCCACCACUGAAUUUCGCGACGUUCCAAGUAGAGGCCAAAUUCUCAGGAGUAUUCUCAAGAGUAUUCUUAAAAUGCAGUAGCAACUGGUAGAGCCUAGUCUUGGAAGUUCUAUUAUAUCUUGCCAAAUAAAUGAAUGUCAUUGACAUCUUCUAUUUAUAUUAUGAGAUUUUAUUAGUUCCUUUUAAUAAAUUGAUUGAUUAUUAUGUGGGAUGGUGUUGAAUUAUUAUUAUUAGCACAUCAUUGUUCCGAAUUAAUUAGAUUAUAAAGCGUUUCACAUGAUAUUGAGAAAGGAAUUUGUUAGGUUUGACCCAAUUGGACUAACCAAGAGAUUUUUAGUUGACCUAGAUGUCAAGUGUAUGCAAUCGGUAGGUUAGUGCUUACUAACACGGGUGAGUUUGAAUACUGAUCUCCUGACCCUAUGACGGCACCAAGCUAAUAAAAAAAAAAAAUAAAAAAAAAAAAAAAAAA